AUGUUUGGCCAGGCCUCGUCUGGCCCGGUUGAGGAUGGCCUUGUUGCCAUGGUAAAUGGCAACAUUUAUUUUACGCAGGCCCGGACAGAUCGAUUUGUGAAUGAGGUCUAUCCAAGAGGCUCAGGCCAUGAAGACGCAACCCAGCAGAUAAUCGAGGGCUUGUCGCUUGCAGUCAGCAUCUCUCUCCCAUUCAUCUCAGCUGAUUGGUCCUCCAGUCACCGGCUAAUCGGCUACCUUCUCGCCCAACCAAACCUCAGCUAUCGACAACCGGCACUCUCUUGUAUAGAGAAUACGACUCUUUUCAAUAAAGAUUUGGCAUGCUCAGGUGCAGAGGAGAACGAAUGCAGCAUAAUGAAAUGUGCUUUGGAAGCCAAGUCCGAGACUGCUUCACAUAGUCGGAUUAGCCGUGCCAUCUGGACCUGUUUGGACAGCCCACCCCAACUGGCGGCAAUACGCCAACUAGCCACAAGUACCUUCUCUUCUGCCCGACUAUCGGCACUGCGGGCGCGAGCCGCCGGCCAUUCUGGAGGACCUCGCGUUGCCAGUACAAUCGAUGUUGAGUCCACUACCUGCCUUCUUGGCCUGAUUACAAAGCGCCUGCCACGGCUUGCACGGCAAACAUUGAAUCUGAAACCACGUGACUUAUUGCCUACUGUUCCAGUUCCGGAUCUGGAAUCCAGGUUCUGGCAUCCGAACCACUCAGUUGCUGAGGGAUCUGAGGCAAUGGAUCGGCCUGAUCAGAACACAAGUAUGGGCUUUGGUAUGCAAACUUGCCUGUCGACUGCCGAUCCUGCUCCUGCCGGGCGACUGCUCGCGCCACGCGCAAUUCGGCCCAGUUUGCUCUCGUCUAAGCCUGGAGCUGCAGCUUCGGCAUCACCGGCGGCUACAACAGCGUCGGCCACCGUUGUGACUCCGAUUACAAUGGCUAUGUCAGAGAGUUUCUCACGGUUCUUCGACAGUAGCCAGGAUCCACGACAUUUGGUGCUUAUGCCCGGUCACUCGACGGGAGAUGCUGCUUAA